UCUGGCCUGAAAAUCCAGCAACGCCGUCAAGAUAAUUUCCUUUACUGCAGCAACUCAAUAUCUUGCGAUUUCGCUUCGGACGGACACAGUCACUCCUAUAUAUUCAAGAGGAUUUUUCGUGAAGAGCUUAACAAUGACAGUGGAGUAUUUGCUCCACGAGAGCAGCGUGGGCUAUGCGGUAUUUAAGGUCCUCAUGCAAGGGGAUACAAUUGGACAGAGAUUGAAAGAAUAUCAGAAGAAAUCGCAGGAUCUAGCCACGUUUGGGAAGAUGAUUGAACUUGUGUCAUUUGCGCCAUUUCAAGGUGCUGCGCAUGCUCUGGAGAACGCGAACGAUCUUUCUGAAGGCAUAGCGAACAAUUAUCUUAUCGCCGUGCUUGAAACGAACCUACCUGCGGCGAGUAAGAAAAAGAAGGUCAUUCUCGGUGUUACCGAUAAGAACUUGGCUGCGAGCAUUCAACAAGCCUUGCCACACGUCGCAUGUGAGACUGCUGAGACCACGGAGGUGGUUGCCGAUCUUCUUCGAGGCAUUCGCAUGUACUCAGAGAAGCUACUCAAGCAACUACAAGAAGGCGAUGUUGAACGUGCACAACUCGGACUGGGUCAUGCGUAUUCAAGAGCGAAGGUAAAGUUCAGCGUACAGAAGAAUGAUAAUCACAUAAUUCAGGCCAUAGCAACUCUAGACCAUCUUGACAAGGCGGUUAAUCAGUUCGCCAUGCGAUGUCGUGAGUGGUAUUCGUGGCAUUUCCCUGAGCUGGUCAAGAUUGUAUCCGAAAACAUGGCAUAUGCACGCCUCGUGCUUUUCAUCGGUGACAAGCAGAAUCUUUCACAAGAUAGUCUCCAUGAUUUGGCCGCCUUGGUUAAUGACGACCAGGCUAUUGCCCAGAGCAUCAUAGAUGCUGCAAAGGCGAGUAUGGGUAGGGAGAUCUCGGAGCAGGACCUAGAGCAUGUGCAGACGUUUGCCAGACGCACUGUUCGGUUGGCAGAGUGUCGCAAGAAACUUCAGGGCUAUUUGGCGGAAAAGAUGAGCCAGGUUGCGCCUAAUCUAGCGGCACUCAUCGGUGAUGUUAUCGGCGCUAGACUUAUUUCGAAAGCUGGGAGCUUGACCAACUUAUCGAAGUAUGCAGCAUCUACUGUUCAGAUUCUUGGUGCUGAGAAGGCGCUGUUCCGUGCGCUGAAAACAAAAGGCAAUACUCCUAAGUACGGGUUGAUAUACCAUUCAUCAUUCAUUGGGCGCGCGGGGGCUAAGAAUAAGGGCCGUAUCUCACGGUUCUUGGCAAAUAAAUGCUCCAUAGCAUCGAGAAUCGACAAUUUCUCCGAGGUACCCAGUACGAGAUUUGGCGAGGCUCUAAGGCGUCAAGUAGAAGAAAGAUUGGAGUUCUACGCUACCGGAGCUGCUCCAACGAAGAACGAAGUCGCUAUGAAGUCUGCCAUGGACUCUCUUCUGGCGGAUAUUGAAAUCAAAGAUACGACAGCUCAUGCUCCGGAGGACGUCGAGGUGGCUGACGGUGUUACUGCAGCAGCCGUCGAGCAGAAGGUUCGACAUAAGAAGGAGAAGAAGGAAAGGAAAGAGAAGUCAGAGAAAAAAGAGAAGAAGCGGAAGCAUGGCGAUGAGGAGGCUGACGGCGAAACGAAAAAGAAGAAAAAGAAGUCGAAUUCAGAGUAGGCUCGUCUGACGAAGGCAUCAUGGACAUCUAAUGCGGUCUGGAGUUUUGGCGUACAGGUGGGGUGCAUUCCACUGUAUUAUUGGAAAUCUUUCUGGUGCAUGCUUUUUGAUACCAUUGGUUGAGCCUCAGAACAUCUCAAUAAUAUCGAGUGCUUCCUUAUAUUGACCA